CAUUGCAUUGUGGUAUACGGGAGUAACAUGUAGGGUACAUCGUAUGUACCCUAUUUUAAGUCCACUAUAUUCACCUUAUUCCGCUCUAGACAACGGGCGCUGCCAUGACACCGACUCCGGUUUCUUACUUCCGGUUUGAGGUGAUUGACCGUGAAUAAAUAUGAGUUCAGGCACCACUUGUGCGGUUGUUGGUUGCUCAAAUAAUUCUAAGAAAAUUAAAAACCUUUUAGAAACUGAGUGCUUUGAUCACAAAAUACGAAGGAGAGAAUGUCCUUGUCCGGUUCCCUAUCGGCUACAUUCAAUGCCACAGAGCAGACGUUUAGACUGGCUAGCUGUGCUUAAACUGAAACAUCCGCCGAAAAAAGUUUAUGUCUGUUCGCACCAUUUCGUUCACAAACGACCCACCGAAGACCAUCCCAACCCGGAAUUAUUCCUUGGAUACGACAGACCAGUAGUGAAGAAGAGACGAACAAUUGUUCGUGUCGAAGCGACAGGUAAGCCACUUUCAAUGUUGAAUUAUGUAAGCGAUCGCAUCACUUUACAGGUAAACUCCAGUUGUUUACAUUUUUACGAGCUCCACCAGCCAGUGCUACAAAAAUAUUUGGGCAGUCUAACCUACAUUUUUAUGAAUAAUAUGCCCAUUAUGUCGCUGGAUAGAGUAGAUGUGUUGAAAACAUGUCCAUUAUUGGUUUAUUCCUGAAUGCCACUGUAGUUAGUGCCAGUGGUAUGAAUUCCUCUGAGGGCUAUCGUAGAGCUAGCUGCUAUCGUUAUGUUGGUCAGUCCUGAGCGAGGAAGAGCUUCCACCACCAUUUGACAUAGGCUUUUACUGUUAUGUUGUCAGUGAGAGAAACGUUGACAGAAACUGUAGCGUUUAACAUAGCCUAUGUGCCCUGUUUUUACAGCAACAGCAGAAGUGACAGACCAGGAGGAUGAGGGCAUACCUGAGGUGCCACAACAACCAUCACACAGCACUGUUUCCAGCCAGUGGGAAGAUCCAUCGCUCUGGGACCACAGCUAUGGUGAACAGCAGGGUGUUGAGGAGACGGCCGAAGAUGCCACAACACAAACUGAAGAUUUCAGCUAUUCCAUGCUUCAGAGUGAUGCAGAUUCGUUCCUCUACACUGGAGUCUCACUGGAAACCUUCAACUCUCUUGUUUCCACCUUAGAAGGAUUUGGUGAAAGGGCUUCUGUUUUGUCAGUGCGUGAUCAGAUACUAAUGACACUGAUCAAAUUGAAAUUGAAUCGUGUGCUUGGUGACCUUGGUAGGCAGUUUCAUGUGUCUCAGAGUGUAGCCAGUAAGGUCAUCUCUUUCUGGAUCGAUAAAAUGGAGGAGGUCUUACGCCCUCUUAUUAUCUGGCUUCCAAAAGAAACCAUUAAGGCCACCAUGCCAACUGCAUUCAAGCGCUUUUUCCCCAACACCACCUGUGUCAUCGACUGUAGCGAAAGUUUGUUACAGAAGGCGAAGAAUCUUGACUCUAGAGGAGAGUCCUACAGCCAUUACUACUCGCACAAUACAAUCAAGUACCUUGUUGUUGUUGCCCCAUGUGGCUUAAUCAUGUUUAUCUCAAGUGGAUAUGGAGGACGCGCCAGUGACAAGUUUAUCACUAUGAACUCUGGUAUCUUGGACUAUUUGAGGCCUGGAGAUGAAGUCAUGGCAGAUCGUGGGUUUUUAAUUCGUGAUUUAUUGUUUGAAAGAAGGGUCAAAUUGGUUCUGCCCGCUUUCACUAGAGGGGGUUCUCAGCUAACUGAGGAACAAGUCACAGCAACUCGCAGGAUUGCAAAUGUGCGGAUUCAUGUUGAGAGAGCAAUUAGGCGACUUAAAGUAUAAAAGAUCUUGUCUCAUGUCAUACCAAUAAACAUGACGCCCAAAAUUGAAAAAAUCCUCAGAAUCUGUGCGGCCCUAGCCAACUUAAGGGGUGAUCUCAUCUGUGAGCGAUAGGUGACAACGGUUGUGUUCUGAUGCUGUUGGGGUAGGGGUAGGGCGCGCGCACACACACACACACACACACACACACACACACACACACACACACACACACACACACACACACACACACACACACACACACACACCCUUUAUACAUCUACAGAAAGGUUUACAGAAAGACUGAUUACAAAAAGACUGAUUACACAAUAUGUGACCUGAAAUUGA